AUGUCCAUGCGAGUGUUGAUCCACGACUAUCCUCAUCGGACUGUGGCCUUGACGACGGAUGAACAUGUCCUGAUCUUCCGACACUCCCACACACCAGCAGAGAAUGGACGAAUCUCGAGUUCGACAAGCUUACCCCUGUCUCUCAAUUCGGCUCGGUCGAACGCAACGCCUCGUUGCAUGGUGGAAUUUGCAGAGAAGUCGUCUAUUGAUUUGAGCCACUUCUAUCAACUCACAACCGCCAAGGGUACCUUGGGUCUAAUUACCCUUAACAACGAUGUUUUUUUGUGUGUCAUUACGGGUUCCGAGGAGGUGGCCUCUGUAAGACGUGGCGAAACUGUACAGAAGAUCUACGCCGUCGAAUUUUACUGCCUCAACCGAGCCGAUUAUGAUCACGGACAUGGACCUUACCCGAACCCGUAUCCUGACCAAUACUUUCAGUCCGAUGAUGCUGAUUAUGGCGGAGGUUAUGAUCAAAGCGAUUCGUCCGCUGAACACCCUUUCCUUGCUCUAAAAAAGCUGCUCAGUAAUGGCCACUUCUAUUACAGUCUGGAUUUUGACCUCACACGUCGCCUGCAAGAUAGAGCCGAUGUUGACUCAGCAGUCGACAUAUCCAGCUUGGAUGAAGGUCUUCUCUGGAAUUCAUACAUGAUCGACCCACUUCUCAAAUUCCGAAGCCGCCUCGCUGACCAUGAACGAACUGCACUUGAUCACUCCCGGCUCUUGACUUCAGUGAUCCGCGGUUUCGUCAAGAGUCUUCCUGUCCCGCCAUCCUCGAAUCCCAUUCGCGGGGCGACGUCCGGCGUCCCAGCUACACUUACCAUAAUAUCCCGCCUUUCCUCUCGUCGAGCCGGGACUCGCUUUAAUUCUCGUGGUGUUGACGAUAACGGUAAUGUGGCAAACUUUGUGGAGACAGAGACCAUCUUCUAUACACCCUCCUCAGGCCUAUGCUUCAGUUACACUCAUAUUAGAGGCAGUAUUCCCAUAUUCUGGGAGAGCUCGUCCUCCCUAAUUCCGGGACAGCAGAAAAUCCAGAUCACCCGCUCUCCGGAAGCCACUCAACCUGCAUUUGACAAACACUUCUCCGCGCUCGAACGAACAUACGGAGCGGUGCAUAUCGUCAACCUACUAUCUGCAUUCAAGUCUGGUGAGGUCGAACUCACGGAGCGGUAUCGGUACCAUGUCAAGCGAAGUCCCUUACGACGACAUGAAGAGGGUGAAGAGGAAGAGCACAAUCUGCUCAGGGAAACAGAGUUUGACUUCCAUGAACGCACGAAAGGCGCGACGGGAUACGAAGGGGCUAGAGCUAUCAGGCCUUAUCUCGCCUCUAGCGCGGAAAGUUUCGUUUAUUUCCUCAGUGAAGAAGUGAACGAGGAGACUAUCGUGCAGGGGAAGCGCAUGAUGACAAAACGGUCAGUCGUGAUAAUGCAGCAGAAUGGGGUGUUCAGAGUGAACUGUUUGGACUGUCUUGAUAGAACGAAUCUGAUCCAAGGCAUGGUGAGUCAAAUGGCUCUUGAGUUGUUCCUGGACCAUCGAGGCGAGAAAGCGAACUCGGAUUUCUGGAUGCGGCAUUCUACCUUGUGGGCUGACAACGGAGACACUUUGAGCAAAAUCUACGCAGGUACGGGGGCGUUGAAAAGUUCGUUCACAAGGCACGGGAAGAUGAGUCUCGCUGGAGCCAUUGCAGAUGCAAGAAAGUCAGCAACAAGACUGUAUGUGAAUCAUUUCGAGGACAAGAACAGGCAAAACACGGUGGACUUGUUAUUAGGAAGGUUGGUAGGACAAAACAGUGUAGAUCUGUUUGAUCCGAUCAAUGACUGGGUGGUUUCGGAGGUUGGAAGAAGAAGGGCUGAGUUCGAAACGCGAGACACUGUGAAGCUAGGCGUUGGAACGUACAAUCUCAACGGAAAGAUCAGUGGGGCACAAGAAGAUCUCAGUCCAUGGCUGAAGGCUCGUGAGAUGGGACUGGACAUAUUUGUGGUGGGCUUCCAGGAAAUUGUCGAGUUGAGUCCUCAGCAAAUUAUGAGCACGGACCCGAACAGACGCAUGAUGUGGGAAAGAACCGUGAAAGCGUGUCUCAAUGGUCAAACACAAGAUCAAGACAGUGAGAAACGAUACCCAUCUACUGACAGGAUCAAGGAAGACGAUUAUGUGUUGCUGCGGAGUGGGCAAUUGGUCGGGGCGGCGCUGCUCGUCUUUGUCAAGUCGAGCAUUCUCAACCGCAUCAAAAACGUCGAAGGUGCGAUCAAGAAGACGGGCAUGAGUGGAAUUGCUGGAAACAAGGGAGCGGUGGCGAUACGGAUGGAUAUCGAAAGUACGAGCGUUUGUUUCGUCACAGCACAUUUGGCUGCAGGAUUCGCGAAUUACGAGGAACGAAAUCGAGACUAUCAAACCAUCACGUCUGGCCUGAGGUUCCAAAGGAACAGGAGUAUCGAAGACCACGAGGUCGUUGUUUGGGCAGGUGACUUCAACUACAGGAUCGGUCUUGGGUACGAGAAAGUCAAGGCGCUAGUCAAUGAGGCAAUCAUUGGCAACGAAAAGGUUCGCGAGGAAGCAUUGGGGAAGCUGUACGAAAAUGACCAGUUGAACAUCCAGAUGGUGGUGGGCAACUGCUUUAAUUUCUACCGCGAAGGGAGAGUCAGGUUUCUACCUACGUAUAAGUACGAUAUCGGGAAGGACGACUUCGAUUCGAGCGACAAACAACGCAUACCAGCAUGGACAGAUCGGAUCCUUUGGAAAGUCAACCACAAAGGUGCGCAAGGGGGGGAGAUUCUGGGCACACAGAUGCGGCAACUGGAGUAUGACAGCGUGAUGAAACUCAAGUUCAGCGAUCAUCGGCCAGUCUACGCCGUGUUUGAAAUGGGCAUCUUGGUAGUGGACGAGAGCAAGAAGGACGAACUCACAAGACGGUUGUACAGCAAGCGAGCCCAAGAAAUGAAAGCCAAAAUCGCCGCGGCAAGAGAGUCUACGGAGGGGCUAUCGGUCUCUGAUACCAUCGACGGCAGUGAUGAAGAUGAGCUGGAGAGUCUAAGCGGAUACAGGAGCAUUCAAGAGGGCCUGCCACCAGCCAGCAGCGACAAAAGGAAGUGGUGGCUGGACGGAGAGAAGAGAGUCCGUAGUACGCUGAAACCACCGAACGACAGGAUGAUAUUGAAUCGGGAUCGGCCCGCAAACCCUUGGAAGGAAAAGGAUGGGGCGGAGGACGACUGGGUGAAAAUCGAAAGGCCACAGAAGCCCGAAGCACCGCCAUCGAGAGGGACGAGAAGAAUGGUCCCGCCUGUGUGGGAAGGGGAGCGGAAUGUGUCAUCCGGAACCACCAAGCCGGGGACGGAGACGGCGCGAGACGCUGUACCGCCAGCGCCACCGCCGAGAGGUGUUUCGGCAGCGAGGACACGAGCUGCUGGGACGUCGGGUGCGGCGUCUUCGCCAGAUACAUCAGAGUCGGGUCGAGCGUCACCGCAAGUGCCUAUAAGAGCAUCUUCGACGACGACGAAGAAGCCGCCGCCUCCGAAACCCGUCAAGCCGUCGACGCUGACAACGUCGUCAGGUCAGGUGGCUGUGCCGCAGUUGAGUUCUCUCCCUGCACCAGUACUGGCCCGCCUCGCGGAUCUGUCGAGGGACAAUGUGGUUAUUUCGCCGGAACCAAUGGGGAGACCACAGGGGGAUGGAGACCAAAAAGAACGACCACCUCCUCUACCUCGAAGGACGGGUACAAUGAGUUCGACGGCGUCUUUCGUCAGUGCGCCAGACAUGGCAAGUACGAGUUCAGACGGUGGUGGUCGGAGGAAUAGUCUACAAUUACAGCAAUCACAAGGACAGGCACCUCCGCCACCUCCGAGGAGGGACGGAUCUACGGCAGCAGCAUUGCCCGCACCCGUGCGGAAAUUGACCCCGUUGCAGCAGUACCAAGAGCGAGUUCGACAGGGGAGUGGUGGAUUUGACCCCGGUGGUGGGAGUAGCAGUAGCAAUGGGUCGUCGGCGCGGUUGCAGAGUAGUAGAUCGGACGGAGCCACUGAACAGGCUGGUCCCCGUCUACCGCCGCGACGGAGUGGUACGGGCAGUGUCAAUGGUAACAAUGCAGGACUAAUGGACCGUGAUGGCGAUGAUGGCAAUGGUGAUCGGAAAGGUGGGAGCGUUCUAGACGAUCGGUAUAAACCUCUUAUACCUGGGCGAUGA